CCUCGUUGUUGCAGCCCCCCGUCCAGUGCACGAGAUUCUGACUCGACCGCUCCUAGUUCAGUCGAGUCGGACUUCACGGUGGGGUCCUCCUUGUCAUCACUCGGUGCCAUCUACGCCGGCCCUCAUUGGCUUCCAUUUAUCUACUUCUUUUUAUACUUCCCGCCAGCGCUGCGCGUGAUGCUUAGACGGUUACCUGGCACCUGAGUGAUCGCAGUCUCUUUUCUCUCGUUCCCGUGAUUACUCUGACCGUGGUUACUCUCGUUGGAAGCUCGCUUUGCUUCCUUCAUCGACACUGCUCAUUCUAGCGCUAGACAGAUUUUAUGGAAUAUAUACAGCUGGCCUAAUUUAUACACGUUCCAACAUGAGCUCCAACGCCGAUCACCCGGGGCCGCAGUUUCAGCCCCCUGCAACUCCAGGCGACUUCCCAAGUGAAAGCGACAAUCGCGAACCCUCUCCGGAUGCCCCCCUCGACCCGUCGUCCCUCCCCCGAGCCGUUAAAGCGAGGAGAUCGGAAUAUACUCGCCAGCGUUCGAUUCGUAUCAAAGUGGGAUCGUGGAAUGUGGCGGCCCUCCCCGGCACCGAACAGGAUGUUGGCAAUUGGUUCGCAGACCGUAAAGGGAUAAGCGAAGAGUUCUCCGAAAUACGGGUCUCAGAUAAGGAACCAGAGUCGGAAGGAAACGGCGACGAUGCUACCGACAAGGCGACCUCGCCUUCCGAGACUGAGCCCAAUGAAGUCGGACUUUAUGCACUAGGGCUGCAGGAAAUCGUCGAUGUGUCUUCACCCGCGGAAGCAUUGCGGCCCUACGUCGACCCGGCACCGGCCAGUAAAUGGAAAGCAGCGGUGCAGAAGGCUCUUCCAUCGGGCUAUCAGCUGGUGGCAGAGACCCAGCUGGUUGGGUUACUAUUGUUGAUAUACGCCUCCCCAUCUGUUGUCGAUAGUGUGUCGUCGGUUAGCUGCGCAAAUGUGGGCACGGGGUUGUUGGGAUAUAUGGGCAAUAAAGGUGGCGUGGCGGCACGCCUGUUGCUGGGAGAAACAACGGGCCUAGUGUUCGUCAACUGCCAUCUUGCGGCCGGAUCGGACAAGGGCAGCUUGGACCGACGGAACUGGGAUGCGUCUCAGAUUGUUGGGCGCGCAAAGUUUGAUGCGAUUGAUUCGGACCUCACGCUCCGGGAUGAGCCAACGGAAAGCAUCGGCAAAGAAGACUUUGCGUUCUGGUUCGGCGAUCUCAACUAUCGACUCGAGGAUAUUCCUGGCGAUGAUGUGCGCCAGGUGCUUGCCAGACACGCAGAAGACGAAAAUACCAAGGAGCAACGGUCAAAUACAUCCUCGGUGGACUCCGAUGACGAUACGGACCCUCAUUCUGACCCUGCGUCUCUCCAAACUACCAUCUCCUCUCUCCUGCCCCAUGAUCAACUUCGCUUGCAACAGGCCAAAUACAAGGCCUUCCAUGAUGGAUGGCGUGAGGGAGACAUCUCCUUCCUGCCAACAUAUAAGUAUGAUGUCGGGAGUGUCGCCAGAUUUGAUUCGAGCGAAAAGCAACGAGGUCCCAGUUGGUGUGACCGCAUUCUCUACCGGUCGCGCCAGGAUAGGGAGAGGUAUGAAAGAUUGGUCGCCGAGACCGCUGAUUCAAGAAAACGGGACGAUGAGAUGAAAGCUCGAGGUCUCGAUAAAGCGGCUGCCGAUGACAAUGUUUUAUUUGACUAUGACCCCGACGUUGAUGGGGCUGAUGAUGCCGAGGAAUAUGACCCAACUAAUGACCAGACCAGCGACGGCGCAUCGUUUCAGUCACAGUCGGAUUCUGAGGAUCCUCUGCGACUGGAGUAUUACGCAUCCCAUCAAAAGAUUCUUUCGUCUGACCACAAGCCCCUGGCUGCUGGGUUCACCUUGAGUUUUGAGUCGGUUAUUCCCCACCUGAAGGCGAAGGUACAUCAAGAGGUGGUCCGCGAAUUAGACCGAGCCGAGAAUGAAUCUAGACCGGGCCUGACAGUUGUUGUGGAUAGACACGGGGUCUAUGCAAGCAAGGAUGACUCCGACGGGGAUCCCAACGCAGUCAACUUUGGUGACAUCCCUUUCGACGUGCCGGUCAGGCGAUCUAUGACGGUUGCCAACACCAGUGGCGUUCCUGCAACCUUUACUCUUGAAAAGCCAGAAGGGGCUGACGGAUGGAUGGUGUCGUGGCUUGAAUACCAGGUCGAAAUGCCGCACCGGGAUGAUUCCGAAGAAGGGAAGUAUGUCGCGGCGGCACAGGAGUGUGUCUUGCACCCAGGAGAGCUUGCCAACGUGGAGCUUACCGCCUAUGUUCGCGACAUCGAGCUGGCACGCGCCUUGAACGAUGGAAAAACACAACUCGAAGAGAUUCUGGUACUCCGGGUCGUCAGUGGCCGUGACCAUUUCAUCUCGGCCUAUGGGAAAUGGCUUCCCACUUGCUUCGGCCGCAGCCUGGAGGACCUCACCCUGAUGCCAGAGGCGGGAGCGCGUACUAUGUCACCUGUGGGAAUCUCAGCUGCGGAACGUGGCAAGCAGAACAAGGACGUUCCUCUCUCCGCCCCUCGGGAGCUCUUUCGGCUGACUGAGGCGAUAUCAGAGUUGACAGAGCGUGCCGCCGCAGAGUGGAGCAUGACGAGGGAUGACUCCGAUGAUGAUACACCUCCAUGGCUCAGAGAGCCCCACGGGGCUGGUUGGCCCUUCGCACCGGAGACUUGGACCCUGAAGGACAAGGAUGAGCGGAUGCCUCUUCUCGCAUCUGCCCGAGAGGCAUUAGACACCAGCCAGUCAUUCAAUGAUCUGUUCGCACCGGAGGUGUCCUCGCUCCACCGCCUGGAGAUAUUGAGCGAGACUCUGAUAGUGUUCUUGGGUUCCUUGCAAGAUGGCAUCGUUACAGCCUCGGUCUGGCAAGACCUGGACCAACAGAUUCUCACGCGGGAGAAGGCCAAAGCCUCGCCGUUAACUUGGGAGGAAUCCCAGGCCUGGGUCCUAGAAAGCCUGGCAUAUUCACCCGCCCACAGUGUCUCAUUUACCUUUGUGACGUUUAUGCUCGCUCGCGUUGCCAAUGAAGUGGCACCGGCAACAUCGAUACCUUCUCGGGGCUCGUCAAACAAACCUUCCGAGGAAGAAGCGAAGUCCAACACCAAAGCAUCCGACAACACCACGCAACCUUCCACCCCAACAUCACCGUCCGCCGGAUCUUUCAUCUCAGGCGGUAGUCUCCGUCGGAGGACCCGUACGUUCACCUCAUCCAGUGUUGCUGAGCCCACGAUCAACCCUCUUGCCCUCCGCCGCCAAACCGUGGAAACCGUGCUUUCGGGGAUCUUCUCCUCGCUUCUCAUUUCUUCCGAUAUCCCCAUCCCAACGAAAGACAAAGAACGCAGAGCACUAGAAGAUCGCAAACGAAGCAUCGUCGAGCCGUUCUUAAAAGCCAUGGGGGUGGAUAACAAGGGACCCUCUGGAGGAGUUCCAUAGAGACAUUCAUGUGUACAUGCGUCCGCGUUCUUUAGACUCUUUGAAGAGAGUCGACGACCGCGAACUUUUUGGGGUUGUUUUGAUAGACUUGGGACUUUCUGUAUAUUAUGUAUUGUAUUUCGUUCUCGGUGGGAUUUGGUUAUACUCAUAUAUUUAUAUAUUGUAACAAUGUCAGUAUACACACC